GUUCCUAGUACCUCACAUCAUACAUUAUAAACACAUUCUUGCUGGGUCUACUUGUUGUAGCCUACGUGCCCGAUCACCAUUUCGCGUGUGUCCGCCCAGACCUUCUCAUUUAGCUAUACCUGACUGAAUCUAGACCUUCAGUGUGGUUGUCGACCUACUGGAAACACACAGAUAUCCCGGCGCGCCCGUAUACUUGAAGUCGGGGCGUGCGAGACGCACGCGCGCGGCCUCCCACACCACCACUUAGGGCCACGCGCGCCGCGGCCGUGAUCAAGAUGGCCGCAAAGGCUCCGGCUCCGGGGAAAGCAAACAAGGAGGGCUUUGAGCUUUUCCUGGAGCGCGUCAAGCAGGGCAAGGAUGCUAUGUGGAACAAGGAGGAGCUGCUGACGGCUAUGCACUGGCAGAAGCAGGUCACGGCGCUUAUCAUUGGCAUCGUGUGCGGCGUGCUGCCUCUGACCGGCCUCAAUGGAUUCCUAACGUUUGCCAUCGCGCAAGGGCUGUGCACAGUGAUCUUCUACCGUGGUGUGUUGAGAAUCGACGAGGAGCAGCACGGCGGUGUGGCCGAGGUGCUGGUGGAGGGCUUCCCCACCUUCAGCGCAGUGUUCGUGCUGGUGUGGGUGCUCGCCUACAACGUCGCCCACGUACCCUUGUCCGCCACCAUCGUAUAGCGCCAGCAGGCAAAACGUCUCAUACGUCCACACAAGCGGAGCAAGCUCUACUUUGCACACAAAAUGUGACCGCGCAUUUUGUUGUGAGCGUGGUGCCCACGAUUGGGGCACCUGAACAGUUUUCUUGUUAGUCAAGAGUUGACCAGUAGUCUGACCUCGCACAAGGACCUUGCCUUACAUUUGGGACUGAGUGCUUCAAGGCAUGGACGGGCAUUCAUGUGUGAACACAGCCGAUGUGGCCGUUGGAUCCAGAUGGGCGGCGCAAGUCCACCUUGUGCCUUUACCCUGAUCCGUAGCCCGAUGGGCGGCUGCACACGUGUGUCAACCGUCAAUCGCACAAGUUGGUGCACACACAUGCGUCAAUGCCCUGGACGUGCACGGCCGCUGCAAAGCCAGGCCACGCUAAUAUGCUUCAAGGUGCUUGGGCCUCUCGCUCGCUUGCUUAUUGUUUCCCCGCAUAUGCUUGAAAGUUAUUGUGAAAUCCAGACUGACUCGGUACGUGCCAGGCCAACUGGUGUGUGAAGCAUGGGCGUGUCCAGGCUGUCACCGGAAGCGGCCAGCAGCGGGCGAGCCGUGGUGCUGCACGAUGCGCCACGCGCCGUCCUGCUUCUCGAACAGGUUGGUGGCGAUGAUCCUGCGUUGCGACAAGCGUACAUGGAAGGGUGUCGGGAGCACUUAGGAGGCAUGUGCGCGAGGCCGGGAGCCAUGCGGCCGUGACGUGGCGCGUCAGGGCAAGGCGCAAGGCGCGCGGCAUGGGAUGGCAUGGGGACCUGAUGAGCAGGAGACAGGCAGGCAGGGAUGUGAGGUUGCGACCGUGUGCAGCAAGCAGUGUACAGCUGGUGGUGCCGGCCCGGCCUUGUCGUUAGCUUUCAGUUGUAAGAAGAUGCCGAU